UGUGUGUGUGAGUGAGAAGCAGUUUUAUCAGCCGGUCGCUUUUUUGAGAGCGCUGCUUUUUGGAAUCACUUCAUUUGCCAUUUAGCCUGAUAACUGCCAGGUGUUUGAGGCGAGUGAUAUUGCAUUUGUAAUUCCAAGAUUCGCUUAUUAUACUGUAAGUCUAUUCUUUACCUGCGAAUUUCAUCAUAUCCAAGAAGCAUUAUGCAACGAAUUGCAAUUAUUGGAGGAACCGGUAUGACCGGCCAAUGUGCCGUGGAUUAUGCAUUGGAGAAAGGUCUCACGGUGCGUUUGCUUUACCGUACAGAGGCCACAGUGCCCGAAAGGUUUAAAUCCAAAGUGCAGCUGGUACAAGGCGAUGUCACCAAUUACGAAGAUGUCAAGCGAUUAAUUGAGGGUGUUGAUGGUGUCAGUGUGAUACUUGGAACACGUAACAAACUAGAGGCUACCACUGAGCUGUCCCAGGGUACCGAAAACCUCAUCAAGGCCAUGAAGGAGGCGAAGCUCAGCAAAUUCUCCAUUGUCAUGUCGUCGUUCCUGUUGCGUUCACUAAACGAAGUGCCCGCUGUGUUCCACCGUUUGAAUGAAGAGCAUCAACGCAUGUUAGAUCUGACCAAAGCAUCUGGAUUGGAGUAUAUUGCCAUUUUGCCACCGCAUAUUGCCGAUGAACCGGCAAGUGGCUAUACUGUAACUCAUGACGAAGCUCCUGGUCGCUUGGUGUCCAAGUUUGACUUGGGUAAGUUCAUUAUAGAGAGCUUGGACCAGCCGGAGCAUUAUGGCAAGGUUUGUGGCAUAGCCAAAGCAGUGCCCAAAACUGCCUAAAACAAGGUGGAGAAGCUAUCGGAAUCGGCUGUGCAUACAAAUGUGCCUUUAAUUGCAGUCGGCGCCUUUUGAGGGGUAAACAAUAAAUUGAUAUUCAAGCUCAUUAUAAACACAACUUUAUACAUAAAUGAGUACCUAUGUAAAUACAUACAUACAUAUAUGCAUACAUAUGUGUAAUUAUACUUUCCAUUUCUAACAAGAUAAAAAUAAAUCGUAUUUAUCGCUUCAUGCGAUUUCAA